AUGGAAACAUUAUGCUCUAUGUUACUUGGACCGAAUGGGAACUUUGGCUUCAACUUCGUAGGCCGACCGGAUAAAAAUUCGAAAAAUGAAAUGCGUAUACAUAGUCGCCAUCUCAACGACUAUAUGGCUGUUACAUGCCUACAACCCGGUCGUGUUUAUAGCCGUCCAGCUGACAACUGUACAGUAGUUGGCUUCGUUCGUGCGGAGACGGACUAUCCAAGUGAUUGUUAUGUUCUUAGAAAACCGAUUCAGUUUGCUGUUACUGAACACGCAAGAUGGUAUCAUCUCACUUUACCGAGCGGCAAAAGUGGUUAUGUAAACAGUUUCUUUUGCGAAGGCGUUGUUCCUCAUUAUACGAAAUUAGACCUACAAAAAGGUUAUGCAGGACCAACCGAAUUUUCGACAGCAAGCUAUGGUGAUCGAAAAGGGGUGCAUUAUUUUUCAACCAGAUUUCAUGAACUUUGGAAUACUUGUUUUUCAGUUACUGCUAUUUGUGAUAUGAAACCAAUUGCAGAUUCUAAACGAUUAAACAAUCUUCAAGAUUAUCUUGUUAAAAAGAAAUCAGACAAAUUACUGUUAGAAAUCAAUCUCGAAAAAGGCGAACGGGUCUAUACAUUCAAGAAAGUCGAUCCAGCUGGUAAUCCAACACAAUCAGCACAUCCAGCUAAAUUUUCACCAGAUGAUCAAUAUUCUCGUCAACGACUUAAACUUAAAACUCGUUAUCGAUUACUUCUAACACAAACACCACUUACCAAGUGUUAA